GGUUUCGUGACCACGUGAGGCACGCGUGUAAAAUGAAGUCUGACGCCUGUGCCCAGUCACGUAGGGCGCCUACAAUGGGCAACCCUCGGCCCUCAAAAUACAGGAAGGGAACCUCGUGUACUCUGCAUACGCCACUUCCCUGCUACCACCAUCAUCGUCCGCUGCCAAGAUGUUGGACAGACAGCCUUACAAGGGCCUCUCUCGCAAGCUCGUUCUGGCUUUCGAUGUAGGCACGACCUUCAGCGGAGUAUCGUACUGCAUUCUCGAUCCUGGGGAAGUUCCCAAGAUCCAAGGGGUGUCUCGGUACCCUGCUCAAGAGCAAGUGGGAGGCGACUCGAAGAUCCCCUCUAUACUCUACUACGACCGGAACCAACAAGCUCGCGCGAUAGGAGCGGAGGCUCUUCAGGAGAACAUCAUCGAGAAAGCCGAGGAGGAGGGAUGGACUAAGGUGGAGUGGUGGAAGAUGCACCUCCGCUCCAAACACCUCAACUCCUCCCACAUCAAAGACUCCGACAUCCCCCCUCUCCCAGCGGGUGUCUCAGCCCUCCAAGUCCUCGCCGACUUCAUGGCGUACCUCUACCACUGCGCCCGCACGUACAUCACCGAAUCGCACGCAACCGGUCGGGACUUCCUCGCCUCGUUCUCGGACAGCAUCGACUUCGUUCUCUCGCACCCGAACGGGUGGGAGGGUUCUCAACAGACGCAGAUCCGCCGCGCGGCUGUUAUCGCUGGCCUCGUGCCAGACGAUAAGGCGGGCGAGGAACGUAUCCAGCUCGUCACCGAAGGGGAGGCCAGUCUCCACUACUGUGUCUCGAACGUUCUCUCGUCGGACAAACUGGCGAGAGUGCCGAUCGAGAAGCCUGUGGAUGAUGACGAGUCUUCGGGUGCUGGAGCUAGUAUGCGUGGCGGCGUUAUCAUUGUCGAUGCUGGGGGUGGCACGAUAGACCUUAGCGCCUAUUCUAUGGAAUCGGCCACAGGGACAGGGAAAGGGAUGUCUUUCGAGGAGGUUGCACCUACCGAAUGCCGUCUGCAAGGAUCGGUCUUCGUCACCAGACGAGCCAACACAUUCCUUCAAGAAAAACUCCAGGGCUCCCGAUUCGCGGAGCGAGACUAUAUCGACCAAAUGACAAGCAUAUUUGAUAAGACUACGAAGCUGCGCUUCAGAAACGCCGAUGAACCGUGUUACAUCAAAUUUGGGACCAUGCGAGACAAGGAGCCCUCUUUCGACAUUCGCUCUGGCCAGCUUAAGCUCCAAGGGAGCGACGUUGCUGGACUCUUCCAGCCAGCCAUUGAGAGUGUCGUCGAAGCCAUCCAGAAGCAGCGACAAGCGUCUACAAAGGAGAUAUCAUUUGUCUUCCUCGUCGGCGGGUUUGCGGCUAGCGACUACUUGUUCUCCCAGCUUCAGUCCCGCCUCGCUCCUACCGGCGUCACUCUGAGCCGUCCGGACAGUCACACAAAUAAAGCUGUGGCGGACGGUGCUGCAUCGUUCUACAUAGACCACCUGGUAUCAUCACGAGCUGCCAGGUUCGCAUACGGUGUGGAGUGCUUCACCGUCUUCGAGCCCUACAAUUCCGAACAUAUCAAGCGGCAGCACACAAAAUGCGUGGCUGCAUCGGGCGUAGUAGCCGUUCCGCAUUUCUUCACUUCGAUCGUGCGGAAGGGGACUAGAGUGGCAGAAAUCCAAGAGUUCAAGCAUCCAUACAGGAAACAAGAUAACGAACUAGAGGGAUGUAAGCAGAUUGAAGGCCACAUUCUGGCGUAUCGAGGAAGCGAUGCAGACCCUCGGUGGACGGAUGAUGAUAAUGCAUCCUUCACCCGGUUAUGCACCGUCCGCGCAGAUACGUCAGAGCUAGCGAAAAGUCUUCGUCCGCGUACUGCUCCUGGACGCACGUAUUAUGAACUCGAGUUCGAGGUGGUCUUGCUGUUUGGGUUGACGGAGCUUCGUGCUCAAAUCAGCUGGAGAGACUCAUCGGGAGCUCAACAGCGGAGUCCCGCUGUUGUCGUGUACGACGAUGCGAUGUGAGAUUGACGAUAUUUCACGUUCAUGGAGUGUAUGUUCCGAGAAGAUAAACAAUGUACACUAGUGACAUGGUUUGGUUGUCUCCGCUAUUUGUGACUACGACACAGUUUUGAAGCGCUUCAUUUUAUUGUCCCUUGCUAUCCUCAAAAUUUCCAUCCCAGGCACACAGUAUUAAGAACCGGAGUGAGGAUUGAAAUAUUAAACCUUGAAUCCAAC